GAGGUAAAGUGAAAGUAGGAUGCAAUUUGUGUUCAUCAUUCAUUUGAUCAGUUUGAUGCUGAUAUUCGUUAUGGUCCAUCGUGUCUUGAGCGAGGGAUGUGACAUCGCCCACUGGGAGCGAAGCCUGGAUAGGAACCCAGGAUGGUCGGUAUGUCCAAGAAAUAACACCUACCUAAAGGGAUUCUGGAGGAGUCCAAACAAAACCGGAGAUGAGAGAGUUGGACGCCUGGAACGAGGAAAAUGCUGCGAUGCUGCGGAGCUGCGUUACGCCGGUCAGCCUUCAAGAUGUGUGAAUGCAAACUGGUCACGCACGUUGGAUGGACAUAAUAUCUGGGCUUUAUGUCCAAAAGGCUUUUACAUGAAUGGCAUCAGAACUGGAUCUCAUCGUCCCUUUCGUUCAUUUUUGAAUCACAUCGAUGAGGCAAGAUGUUGCCAUCCAACGGAUCAUCCCAGCAGUUAUGAAGACUGUUACGAUGAAGAUGUUGCUAUUUCAUUCAACAACGAAGGUUGGAGUGAAUGCCAGAAGAAUGGUUAUUACAUGAGCGGUCUCUACAAAAGUAACUGCGAUGAACUUAACUGUAUUGACAAGUUCAGAUGCUGUAAACAUCUUCCUAAAAACGAGCAAUCAAACGGAAUUACAGAUCUACAGAAAGAGGUUGAUGCCAUUAUCACCGGUAGUUACCCUUCCACCCACUUAAGCACGGUCAUCACAAAAUUUCUCAAUUUGACAAAGACUGGGGACGAGCUUAAACUCAACUUAAGCGAACUUUCUCUCUCCGUGGAUAUGCUCAAACAACUUGUGCAGUAUAACUCGAUAAAAAACAACAGCGCGAUCGGCGCAACAUCGGACCAACAAAACAUCGUGAGAGUGGCAAGUAAUUUACUGGAUGAGAAAAAUACAAAAACAUGGUUGCUGUUGCAGGAGAAAAGGGAAAACAUCACUGACAUACUUCUGAAGACUAUGGACGACUUUGCUUUUCAAGUGAACAGUAACCUUGGUAACUCAACUAAUAAAUCGGAGUUAUUAUCAAGAAACAUCGCUCUUAGAGUUGAUCGCUGGAACCCAAAACAUGAGUUGAAGGUUGACUUCGCUCAAUAUGGCGCAACAAUCCUUGUUCCUGGCUCAGCGAUCUCGGACACAGUGAAAACUUGCAUGUCCACCAUUACCUACAGAACACUUGAAAAUGUCCUUAGGCUUCCAGUAGAUGGACCCAGUAAUAAUCAGAGCGCCGGAAGUAGGCUUCGGAGGAGUGGUACAAGCAUUGUUUCAGUCACUAUUCAUGAUCGUGUAUCUGGUUCCCUGAAUAAACCUAUCAAGCUGGCUUUUAAUCACAAUAACAAG